GUCUACCCUAACAGCGUCGCUACCCGUAUAGGUUUUUGCAGAAGAAGAUGCACAGGAACGAUGCUUCCGGGUGCUUCUUGCGCUUGCAAAGGUGUUCGGAGUUGUCUUGUCUGUGAGCAUUUGAAAGACACUCACUUACAAGAAGAUAAGGUUGUGCACCUUUUCUUCUAUGAUCCCGAGAGAAAGCUCGCCGUCCGCAAAGAUGCAGAGCCUUCGUCUUUUGCCUUUCCCGGGGUGUUCCUGUGGGAGAACUUCCUAUCAGAGGAGGAGGAGACGGAGCUGAUAAGCAGCAUGGACCGGGAGGUCUGGAAUCCGUCCCAGUCUGGCCGCAGGAAGCAGGACUUUGGCCCAAAAGUGAAUUUCAAGAAGAAGAAGGUGCGCCUCGCCAGCUUCAGCGGACUCCCCGCUCUGAGCAAGAAACUAGUCCUGCGAAUGCAGCAAGAGGCCACCCUGGCGGACUUCCAGCCCGUGGAGCAGUGCAAUCUGGACUAUCAACCCGGGCGAGGCUCCGCCAUAGACCCCCACCUGGACGACGCUUGGCUGUGGGGGGAGCGCCUGGUCACCGUCAACAUGCUGUCUGACACCACGCUGACCAUGUCGCUGGAGCGGGGUCUCCCCCCGUUGGGACCGGGCGAGGAGGUGAACGUCGGCGUGGCGCUCCCGCGCAGGUCCUUGGUGGCGUUGUACGGCGAGGCGCGCCACCUCUGGAAACACGGGAUCCUCCGGAAGGACGUCAACGGGCGCAGAGUUUGCAGCACCUACAGAGAGCUGUCUGCAGAGUUCCUGCCCGGGGGGCCGCAGGCGGAACAGGGGGCUCAGCUACUCGACGUGGCUUUAAGCUUCAUGGGAGCUCCGGUUUAAACGCUGCAGAUACUCUCCGAACGAGCAACUGCGAUUAAACAUUGAACACUUCUAUCGUUGAAUUAAUAAAGCAUUUUUAUUCAUGUUGUGCAACAAGAA